AUGAGGAGGAAGAAGGAUCAGGGGAAGGAUUCCGAGCUGCGGUCCGUGGUCUCUGAGACAGCCGCCACCUGCAGUGUCCUGCGUCUCCUGGAGCAGGGCCGGCUCCUCACUCCCCCAGGCCUGCCAGGGUUGCUGCCCCACUGUGGGAGUUCAUCGCUAGGCUCAGCCCUGCGUGGGCCGUCCCUGGGCAUCACCGCUAAUGGAGGCUCUUCCAGCAGCAGUAGCAGCAGCGCGGCCAGCUCAGGCACAGCCGGGGGGAGCCCGCCGCUGCCAACGGUGACCAGUUCGGGGACAGUCACAGGGCUGCAGGGAUCUCCGCCUGCCCACGGGCUGUUUAGCUUCCCUAUGCCCUCUCUGCUUGGGUCGGUCGCCUCACGCAUCUCCUCCACCCCGCUCGGCAUGGCCGGAUCCCUCGCGGGGAACUUGCAAGAACUUUCUGCCCGCUACCUGAGCUCGUCCGCCUUUGAGCCCUACUCGCGGACCAAUGGCAAAGAAGCGUUAGACAAGAAAGCUUUGGAAUGAUCGCUAGGGGUUUCUUUUUGUCGGUUUAUUAUCAUUGUUGUUGUUUUGAAAUUAGUUUGAGCUCUGGUUAUCUCUCUUUUUUUAAUCGCUUUUGCCCCUUUUGUCUCCUCAGUGCUGUUGUGUUUCCAAUCUUGCAUUUUUCAUGUUGUCAACCUGCACACUUGAUGCCUCUCAGAAUUGUAAAAAGGUGGACUCAUACUUUUCAAAAAUGAGGAUUUUCAGAGCAUUUUGCACUAAAUCAAAUUUUCUCCAAUUUGACACAAAUGAGAGCUUGAGGAAGGAAUGUAGCAAGAGAUUAUGGAGGGGAAGAGAGAUGAAAAUGGUUGCUGAGGCAAUAUUUUCGGGGCACUUUUUUUUCCCUUAUACCUUUUUUGGAGCUGGACAGCUAUAUUCAGAUUAAAAACUAAUCUGAAAGCUGCUGGGUGAAAACAAAACAGUACAGAACAUAGACCCCCGAUAAAAACUGAACUCACAGCAACAUCCUUCAUGUUUUCAGUUCGAAAGAGCUAUCUAAAAGUGAUUUUUGCAUAGUGGCAUUUGCCAAGUCUCAAAUAAUGAAAUAUAUAUUAUACUGGGGUUCAUUUCCAAAAGUUAGCAUAUAAUACAGUCAUACUCUGGCUUUAUUUACACAAUUUGCUUACAGAGAUCAUGAAUUUGCCAUAUGAAGCUAUAAGAUCAGAUGUCUAUACCAUUUUGUAUUCGUUUGGUUAAACAUGUUCUGACUAAAUGGAAGGAAAAUGCUGUCACACCGUUAAAUAGUCCAAUGGUCCUGUGUUCAUUGUUCUCUAAAUGGUUUCUGUGAGGGUGCUCCCCAAAACAAGUUUUGAAGGCAGUCUCAGUUUGUGAGUUUGUAUGUCUUAAAUAUGCAGUUUUUCUCCUCUGUGUGUGCGUGUGUGUGUGUGUGUGUGCUGGUACUGAAGCUGUAGUCCUGGUUUCCAUGUUUAGGUGCAUGUUUAACUGAAAACCUUUCGAGAAAACUUUGGAGACGUCAUUGCCUGGGAUUAAGCUCCGGAGCAUCGAAGUGACCCUCACAUUAUCGGACUAAAUGUAUUUGCUGUGAGCGGCAACCCCUCUACCAACGCAGCAAAUUUUCCAGAAGAAUCUGAAGCCCUUUCUAUUAUCAGAGCUGAGACGAGGCAGAUCUCUGAGGGACAAACAGGGUAUGAUUACUGUAGUAUAAAAGCAUGAAGAUUGAAUAACUAAAAUUGUUAUUUUAUUGUAAAUUAUUCACGUCUGUAAUAAAUAGAUCAUUAGUAUAUCUGCAAAUAAUGAAAGAAUGAAUGUAUGGGGGGGGUCGGGGGGCUGGGUUUUCUGAUUGAACAGCCAAUCAAAGUUCUGGUGGUGUUGUUGUUAAAUAUCUUGAAGUUUGUGAACCGUGGUAUGAGUGUGGAUAUAUAUUAUAUAUAACUAAAAAAAUCAAAACAAAACAAAUCUCUUCAGUCUUUCAUUCCAUGUGUAAAUCCUAAAUGCCGUGAUGGUUUCUUCACGUGUCAUUCUCAGCAUCAGUGUAAAUCGUGCAAGGUCACUUAACACUGCCAGUUCUGUCACAGCGCUGACUGACCUUGUCUGCUGUGGUGAUGUUUGAGAGAUACGCAGCCUUGCAUGAAUGAAUGUCUCUGAACAUCCUGGAAUGACAAAUACUCCUACUCUUCAUGUAUUCAACUUAUAUGGAGUAUCAGAGUUUCAUUUAGACAGAAAUGUCUCCUAUAGAGUUACUUCUUGUCUUGGUUUGUUGAUCAGUUCAAAGGUUUGGUUAAACUGUUUGAUUUAUGUAGUAUGUAUUAUUACCUUUUAAUUUGGAAAUAAGUUUUCUGUGGCUUUACAAUGCAGUUUUAAAUUAAUAUAUGGCUGAUCAGUGAGAUACAGUGAAUGAUAUAAGAUGAGGUAAAUGAAACAUUUUAUUGAGGUGUGUUAUGAAAGAUAGACAUCUGUUUUGUUUUGUUUUGUUUUGUUUUGUUUUGUUUUGUUUUGUUUUGUUUUGUUUUGUUUUGUUUGUCCAGAAAAGGAGAAAAAAAAUCUGUGAUUACAAUUUUUUUACACUGCACAGUUGCAUGUUUAAAAGAGUCAAAGACUAUUCAAAAGAAAUUGGGAGAGGCCAGGGAGAGUGAAAAGUGUUUUUUUUUUUUUUCAUUAAAUGUUUUUGUAAAUUUAUGUUAGAAUGUUAGAGCAAAGUCUGAAGGUUGUAGAAUGGCAAUGACAAGCCAAAUGAAAGCAGAACUUUUCAGUGCAGUUUUGCAACACUGAGUUCCUGAGCACCACAUCAAAUUCUGCAGUUCACUUUUUUUCUUUAUUUUUGUUGUUAAAUUUAUAAUUUCAUUUAGUUAUUUUAAGUAUUAAAACUUAAAAUAUAUAUAUAUUUUUUUCAAUAUGUGGUUCAAAAGUCUUG